UGUUUAAAACCCUCUGCUGGACAGAUCCUAGAGAUGCCUUACAAAGGGAAGGAGCUUAGCAUGCUCAUCUUACCCAAUGAGAUGGAGGACAGUACUACAGGUCUGGAGAAGCUGGAGAAGCAGCUGACCUAUGAGAACUUUAUGGAGUGGACUCAUCCAGACAUGAUGGAUAACGUUGAGGUCCAGGUGGGGCUGCCUCGGUUCAAGAUGGAGGAGUCGUAUGACAUGGAGGAAGUCCUGGUCAGCAUGGGCAUGGUAGAUGCCUUUGACAAGGCAGACUUCUCUGGGAUGUCUCCUGCCGAAUGGCUGGUACUGUCAAAAGUUGUCCACAAGGCUUUUGUGGAGGUCAACGAGAAGGGAACUGAGGCUGCUGCUGUCACUGCUGCUGUCAUGAUGCUGGAGUCUUGCACGAUAAGUUCUCCAUCUGCCACGUUCAUCGCAGACCACCCCUUCCUCUUCUUCAUCAGACAUAACCCCUCCAUGAGCGUUCUCUUUGCUGGCCGAUACUGCUCCCCUGAGUGAGCAAUACAUCGUUAGAGUAGUGUUUCUUAACUGGUGGGGGGGGUUACAAUACAUCUAGUAUUAUAACAGUGUACCAAUUUAUUUGGUAUAACU